AGGACAGACGACUAACCAACUCCCGUACUAUGAAGGUCUUCCUAACAGUUUCAACGUUCGGGAGGAUGCCGAAAUAGGUAAUGUUGUAUGUCUUCAGUUUGACUCGAACAUUGCGCGUUUUCUCUGGGUGCUCCCGUUUCGUCCUGUCGUAACAGUGAACAAAUAAUGCCUACGGCCAUACGCCUAGGACCUCCAAGGAAAUAUGGAAUAAGGACAACAGUUUCGAAAUGAUAAAUAAAAACCAGUAUAAAUAAAUUUAGUUUAGUUUAGGUUUCCUCCUGUAGUAACACUGGACCAAUAAGGGAUGACCCUUACUGGAUCUCCAGGAAAAAUAAUAUAGAACUGAUAGAACCAUCCAGUAUAAAUAAUGUUACUUUAGUUUAGCUUUCUUCGAGUAACGACACUGGAUCAAUAGGAUAUGACGUUUACUGGAUCCUCUAGGAAGAAGAGUUUAGAUCUGAUAAAACUAUGCAGUAAAAAUAAAGUUAGUGUAGUUUUGGUUUCCUCGUGUAACAACACUGGAUCAACAAGAUAAGCAUGACGCUUAAUUACUGGACCUCUAGGAAGAACAGUUUAGAUCUCAUAAAACUAUCCAGUAUAAAUAAAGUUAGUUUAGUUUUGGUUUCCUCGACUGGAUCAAUAAGAAAUGAUGCUUACUGGACCUCUAGGAAGAACAGUUUAGAGUUAAUAUAGCUACAUGUACAUAUUAUAGCUAAUAGAGUUUAUUUUGUUUUCUCGCAAUUUUCUAGGUUCUAUCGUUUCCACAAUUACUGCCAGAGAUCCGGAAGGGGAAAUCGUAACGAUGUCUUUGGAUGGAAUUGGAAUAGAUAUACUGAACAUCGUGGAUGAGUUUGGUAUCGUUAACAUGACUGGACCUAGUCCUUUGAGACGAAGACUGAGCCUGAAAAAGAAACUGGACAGAGAGGUGUGUUUGGAGUAAUUGGAGAUAUGAUAGAGGGAUAAGUGUUGGGGUGCGGUGUUGGGGUGGGGUGUUGGGGUGGGGUGUUGGGGUGGGGGGGGAAGGAAAUGCGUCUAGUACGAGUCUACGGCAAGAAAGAACGCAGGUCUUCCUCUGACACUUUCAUUUCCUCCUGGCUGUAGUAACAAUAAGAGCUGAGUUUUACUGCCCCUCUAGGGAGAACAGUUCAGAACUGGUAAAGCUAUCCAGCAAAAAUUAAAUAAAUUUAGUUAGGUUUUCUCCUAUAGUAAUACUGAAGCGAAAAGUGCUGACUCUUGCUGGACCUCUACGAAGAAUGUUUCUUUAGCUUAGGUUUCCUCCUGUUGUACUAUUGGAACAAUAAGACCCCGACUGGAUCCUUAGCGAGAACAAUUUUGAACUGAUAGAGCUACCCAGUAUAAAUAAAGUUAGCUUAGUUUAGUUUAGGUUUCUUCCUGUAGUAACACUGGAACAAAAAUUAAGGAUGGCUCUUAUUAGAUCUCCAAGUACUGAUCUAUCAUUUUGGUUUUUGAUUGUUUAGGCGCGCAGCAGUUAUAUUUUUCAGUUAUCUGUCAAAGAUUACUUUACAUCAAGUGGAAGAGAGGUCAGUACUUGCAUGCCCCAUUUAGCUGUAUUAUCUAGCCCAUUGACAUGAUCCAUGGACGUAGCUCGCGUAGUGGGAAAACAUUUCAGGAAGGGGAAAGAGACGAAAGAUUUAUUACCUGCAUUUCUGGCGUUCUGUUUUGGGUAUACCGUCUGGCACGUAGGCAUCUAUUUGCCAUGCUUGCUUAAUUAAAUUCACUAAGCAGUAUCGUACAGUACAUGGUGGUGAACCUGCAGUUAUCAGAGUGAGAAAAUAUUGCUCAUUCUUUUCAUUGUAUGUAGUAGUCUUGAAAGUUGUAGUUUUAUUCUUGUGUCAGCAUUUCCAAACUUGACCACCAUCUGCUGUCCUGUUACGUCUACUGAUACCACCUAAAUCUUGUUUCAGUAUUUUUACCAGUCAUUCAUAUUUUUCACAGUCUUAUACAAGCAAUUUGAAUCUGUUUCUUUUCGACGUCAAUGAUAACAGUCCUAUCUUCAUUAAAACACCUUACAUCACCAGUCUGAAAGAGGUAAGGAAACUUGCAUAUAUAGUUGUCUGAUUAUAAUUUCACUUCCGUCAUGUUUACCAAGAGUGCUUCCAGUUUGACUCUACCAAACAAGGCAAGUUUGCUCCUCGUAUUCUGGUUUCCUUCUGUAGUAAUACUGGAUCAUUACGGAAUGGUUCUUUCUUGACCUGCAGAGAGAACAGCUAGGAUCUGUUAGAGCUAUUCAGUAUAAAUAAAGUUAGUUUAGUUAGUUUAGGAUUAAUAAUAUUUUUUUAUUAUUAUUAUUUAAAAAUAUUUUAAAACGGUAGCUAUUCAGGACUCGUUGGCACCUGUUUUUCAAGAGACCGUUUAGUUUUAGGUUCCUAGGACCUCCAGGGAGAACAAUUUAGUAGUAAUAGAGGUUUCUUCCUGUAGUAAUACCGACUGAGCUAAUAAGAUAUAGCCAUACCUUCCAGUAUAAACAAGCUUACCUUGAAAGAUGCAUUAAAUUAUUUCAGAACACUCUAAGUGACCAUAUAUACCAAAUGGAAGCCGAAGACGCAGACACGGGGAUGUCGAAAAGUGUUCUCUACAGUUUUACUGAUGAAUGUAAACUUGCUGAUUGUGAGGUGAGGGAUAAUCAGUAACAUUUUAUGAAACUAGGGCGUGGUCUUAGGUCUUCUUUUCUUGAUGCCCUCUCCAUUGAUGAAUUUUGGAAAGGCAUUGUAUCGCAAGGUGGUUUGUACUUACAGAAUCUCUCUAAUUUUUUAAUUUUGAUAUUGUUGUAGCUGUUUCAAAUCGAUACACUGUCCGGGAUAGUGAAACUGAAUUCCAAUUCAACUUUGGAUUAUGAGACGAGAAAUCUAUAUAAUCUCGAUAUCUUGGCCAAGGUAUGAAAAACCCAUAACCAUUUUGGAACUGAUAGAGCUAUUCAGUGUAAGUAAAGUUAGUUUAAGUUAGGUUUCCUCCAAUAGCAACACUGGAUCAAUAGGAAAUGAUCCUUACCAGACCUCUAGGAAGAACAGUUUAGAACUGAUAGACCUAUCCAGUAUAAAUAAAGUUACUUUAGUUUAGGUUUCCCCUGUAGUAAUACUGGAUCAAUAAGAGAUGAUUCUUACUAAGACCUCUAGGAAGAACAGUUUAGAAAUGAUAGAGCUAUCCUGUAUAAAUAAAGUUAGUUUAGUUUAAGUUUCCUCCUGUAGUAACACUCGAUUUGGAAAAGUUAAGAACUAAUAGAAUCUCCUAUAUUUUUCAGGAUCGUGGCAUUCCGUCUUUGAAUUCGACAACAACGUUAGUCGUCAAAGUCGAAGACCAAAGUGACCAACCUCCAGAGUUUUUGAAAAGGUCUUACCGUGCUGAUAUCGAUGAGAGUGCUCCUGUGGUAGGUAGCGAUUGAUUAAAAUAUUAUCUCGAUUGAUUAGAAAAUUAUAUCGAUUGAUUAGAAUGUUACCUCGGUUGAUUGGGAUAUUACCUGGAUUGAUUAGAAUAUUAUAUCGAUUGAUUAGAAUGUUACUUCGGUUGAUUAGAAUAUUAUCCCAACUGAUUAGAAUAUUAUAUCGAUUGAUUAGAAUAUUAUAUCGAUUGAUUAGAAUGUUACCUCGAUUGAUUAGAAUAUUACCUCGGUUGAUUAGUAAUGAUGGGCGAUACCAGGAAUUUUAAUUCGAUACCGAUACCGAUACUUUUAAGAUCGGUACCUAUUUCGAUACCAAAAUAGACACAAAAUUUCAGUUUUCGAUACCGAAAGUGAGUACUUAAGAGGCAGUCUCUGUAAGAACCUCAUGACCUCUUUGGAUCAAGAAAUAGAUUUCUCUCAAACUUUGUACUUGAGAUUGCCUUUAUAAGGUUUGUUUCAAAAUGCAUUUUGUUUUCAGUGUAAUUGCAUUUUGGCAAAGUUCCAGGGGUGUCAAGUUGAGGGCUAAAAUUAUGAUUUUUGCUGUUUCUCAAUAGUGGAUUUUUACUGAUUUUUAAACCUCUCUACAUCAAACAAAAAUAAUGAUAAAACUAAAUCGUUUCACACAAUAGUAGCCUUAUAUGUCUUAAGUAAAAAGGUAUCUACACCUUUUUCAAAUAUGUUUUCUAAUUAUAGAAGUGACAUCAUUCAUGACAGACUAAAAUAGAGAUUUCCAAGUUCCUUAAAAAUUGUUGAAAUAAAAAUCCUAAAAUUCAAAAGUUAGACUUGCCAUGAAUGUAAUAUUAUUUGUAUGGUGAGAUUAAAGGUUGGUCUUACAUAAUGUAAAAUUAAAUAUUGCGGCCUGUAAAUUUUGGGGGUACUACAGGCCAACAAAUAAUCAACAUUUUCGACUUUCGUUAGUUUAGAUCAAAUAAGAACGUUCACCGUUUACUGCAAACUCUGCUUUCAAAGACCGAAAUUUUACUUAUUAUUUUGACCUAGAACAGUGAUAACAUUCGUUUGACCUUUACUGUUGUCUAAAGUCUUUUAGGAAAAUGCACUGACACAGGCAUUUUCGUUAAGUAUGGGCCGGAUUGUAUAAAUAAUAAAAAUUUUAUAGCUGAAUAUGAACAAAGACAAAUUAUAAAUUUGCAACAGGUAAAGAUGUCCGUUAGUCAACAAAUGAUCGAACAUCGAUUUACUUUGAAGAUUAUUUAAAAAGUUAAGAGAAAACCUAUCCCAAUAUAAUUUAUACAAAGAUAAUAUAUGCCUCGAUCAACGAAUCGAUUGUCAGUUGACAUAUUAUUUGACAUUCGUCAGCUGCCAUUAUUCUUUAGGGUUUUAAAUUAAUCACUUUCGACAUCUUAUGAUUAUUUUAGACACAGUCUCAUAUGUAUAAAAUCUUGCUUCUUUUGUCAACAGGCAAUGCUAGUCAUUCCUCCAUUGUUAUAACUCAAUUUUGUUAUUGUUAUAUUGCGGAAGCCGCUGGCCAGCCAAAUAAUUCGGCUGUCAAAAACACGUGCAACAUGUCGCGAAUUGUUUGCUUUCGAAACUGCGGGUCAAACUUGGCAAAAGUUUGUCAAUGUUUGGUAAAAGUUAUGAAAUUGUUCCCAAUUCUAAAAAAUUCUAAUAUUUUGGUUAUAUUAAUUUGUCCGGUUAUAUUUUAAAUUGACAUAAUAUAUUUACCGCCUACUUGCAACCAAAUUCCUGUAAAUAGAACAAGAGCCCCUUGAUGAGCUAACAGCUCUUGGGCAAUUGUUAUAUCUUUAAUAUUAAAAUGUGUUUAUUUAAAAUAUUUGUCCGGAAAUAAUGUUAAGCUUUGCUCCGUCAAGAAUGAAACAGACUAAAUUUAAUUUUUCUAAAUACAUAAACAUUUCUAUAUUUGGAAAAUAUAUUAGAAAAAUUUAUAGAUACUUUGUCAGUUAAGGCAUAUAAAGCUACUAUUUUUCGGAAGGAUGUAGGUUUAUCAUGAUCUUUGUUUGAUGGAGGCAAAAUCUUCCAAGGCUACAACGGCUGAUCGCAUUAUUAAUCCCCCCCCCUAUUGAGGACAUGUGGAGCUUCCAAUGGCCCACUGCAAAAGUGAACCAAAAUUGAAGGAAUUUCCAUGGGAGGGUCCAAAUUUUAAAGCAAAUCUGCGGAAAAUCCACAGGGUAGGUAAGAAAAAUGAGUAAAACGUAUGGAAUUUCCAUGGGAGGUCAAGAAUAGAAAAGAAAUUCCAAAGGAUAGGAUGAAAAUCAGCAAGGAAUUUUCCAAGGGAUAGCUACUAAUCAAAGAAUCAGUACGGAAUUUCCACUGGCUAGAUCAAAAACUGUCAAGGAAUUUCCAUGGGAUCGAUUAAAAGUUCAUAAAAAAUUUGCGGAAAUUUCUUGGGCAUGGCUAAAAUUCAAUAAAAAUCUGCGGAAAUUCCACAGGGGAGGCUAAAAAUUCGCUUAAAAUAUCUGGAAAUUCUAGGGGAGGGGGGGGGGACAAAAAAUGGAUGUCCUCGAUAGGGGGGUGCGGAUUAAUAAUGCGACGAGCCGGCAACGUUUGACAGCCGAAUUAUUUGGCUGGUCAGCAGCUUCCGCCAUAAUAAUAACAAAAUGGAGUAAAAACAACAGAGAAAUUGACUAGCAUAGGCUGCUGAUGAAGACUAAUCAAGAUUUAUUUACAAGACUGUGUCUACAAUAAUCAUUAAGAUAUCGAAAGGGAUUAACACUAAAGAAUAAUGGCAGCUGACGAAAGUCAAAUAGUAAGUCUACUGACAAUCGGAGUCAUUCAAUGACAAGGUUGUCGUUCGAGGCAUAUCCUUGUAUUAGUUAAUUUAAUAUUGGAGUACUUUUCUCUUGACUUUUAAAAUAUAAAACUAAUAAAUCUUUAAAGUAAAUCGAUGUUCGAUAAUUUGUUGACUAACGGACAUCUUUACCUGUUGCAAAUUUAUAACUUGUUUUGUUUAUAUUCAGCUAGAAAAUUUUUGUUAUUUAUACAAUACGGUCCUACAUAACGGGAAAUGCCUGUGUCAGUGCAUUUCCCUAAAAUACUUUUAUAGACAACAGCAAAGGUCAAACGAAUGUUAUCACUGUUCUAGGUCAAAAUAAUAAGUAAAAUCUCGGUCUUUGAAAGCAGAGUUUACAGUAAACGGUGAACAUUAUUUGAUCUAAACUACCGAAAGUCGAAAAUGUUGAUUAUUUGUUGGCCUGUAGUACCCCCAGAAUUUACAGGCCGCAAUAUUUAAUUUUACAUUAUGUAAGACCAACCUUUAAUCUCACCAUACAAAUAAUAUUACUGUAAAAUACGUUUAAUAUCCGUAUAUAUAUAUUCUACAGUCUUGUCAACAACAAGUCUUUUAUAUCAUACUAAAUGCUAAUUUACAUAAACUGUCAUGCUAUAUGUGACGGCUCCCGUUCUUUCUUUUUUUUUGCUAUUUUUUCAUGCAUAGUUCCUAACUAUUAAACAAUUCAACUGGUGUUCAAGUCCGAACUAAAGUUUCUAAAAUAUCCUAAUUAUACUAAAUUCAUUUUAUACUAUAUAUAUACAUUCCUUUAUACUUAACUAGAUGUUCUCAAUCAAUCGGGAAGGUGCCCUUCGAACUCUUGUACUUCUUCUCAAUGGUGUUCGUACGUGUUCUUCCUCUAUUUCUGUACUCGGGAAUAUAACUGGAGAACGAACUGGUGAACGUACGGUACUCGGAGCUAUACCUGAACAACGUUCUUCUUCUCCGACAGGUUCCAUUGGUGGUGUAAUAAUCAUUGGUGGUUCGUUAGUUGGCAUUAGAUGCUGGCGAUUUCUGCGUAACUGAGUUCCAUUGAAGUUGCCACAAUGUACGAACGAGGUGAUUUAUGUUGUUCAACGACCACGGCUGGAUUCCAUACGCCUCCCUGUCGAAUCCUCACCGACUCGUUUGGCUGUAAACUGGAUAACUGUUUCGUUCCCUGAUCAUAUGCUGCUUUCUGACGCAAUUGACGUACUCUCAAUCUCUGGCGAACAUUGUUGAUUGGCUGUGACUUAGGUUUAAGAAGAUGCUUAGGAAUUGGUAACUUAGCUCUCAAUUUUCUACUCAUCAACAGUUCUGCAGGCGAUUGUUCCAUACCACUAAUUGGAGAAUUAUGGAACUCCAACAAGGCUAAAAAUGCAUCUUGUUUCGAAUCAUUUGAUUUUUUCAACAGACGCUUAAUUGUCUGAACGUUUCUUUCCACGAGCCCAUUUGAACGCGGAUAGUGUGGGCUGCUUGUCAUCACCUCAAUUUCCCACUCUCUAGCAAAGUCUCUAAAUCUAAGGCUGUUGAAAGGCAUAUUAUCAGCUAUAAUUUUUUCUGGAAUGCCAUGACGGGCAAACAUUUCUUUCAUUGCCAAGAUGACGGCUUCACUAUUCUUGUGAUUUAUCCUUGUUACUUCAGGAUACUUCGAGAAAUAAUCGACUACCAAUAAAUAGUCUCUUCCUUUAUAAUAAAAUAUGUCCGCUGCAACGGUUGACCACGGCCUCUCUGGAAUUUCCUGCGGCAUCAACGGCUCCCUCUGAUUCCUUCGCUGAAAUUGUAAACAUGUUCUGCAUUCUGACACCAUUUCAUCAAUUGCACUAUUCAUUCCAGGCCAGAACACUGAACCUCUCGCCCGUGCUUUACACUUCUCGAUUCCCAAAUGAGCUGCAUGUAUCCGAUCCAGCAUUUCUGGUCUAAGAACAUGUGGAACAAUUACACGAUCUCCUUUAAACAUCAAGCCUUCAUGACCGCUUAUUUCAUCUCUGUAACUCCAAUAAGGUCGAAUUUCUAAGGGCGUUUCAGGCUUUGUCUGUGGCCAACCAUCCAUGACUACUCUGUGCAACUGCUGAAGUUCAGCAUCCUUCUUGGUCUCCUCAACCAACUUCUCAAACAUAGUCUCAGACAUCUGACCCGAUUCCAGAACAUUGACUUCAAAUUCAUCUGAUGGAUCGUUUAUCUGUGCAGACAUCGGUGAUCUAGAAAGAGCAUCUGCUAUCAACAACUGACUCCCAGGCGUAUAUUUCACUUUAAUCGCAUAAGGUUUAAGUCUAAGUAUCAUUCUCUGCAAUCUAAGCGGAGCUUGAUGGAUGGAUUUCUUUAGUAUUGCUUCUAACGGUUUAUGGUCACUUUCCACGAUUACUUCGCGUUGCCCGUAUAGGUAUUGAUGCAAAUGCUCACAACCAUAAACUAUUGCAAGCAUUUCUUUUUCAAUCUGUGAGUAGUUCUGCUGACAUGAAGUUAACGCUUUCGACGCAUACGCUACUGGACGAUCAUUUUGAAGAAGCACUGCACCCAUACCUUUCGAGCUGGCAUCAACCAACAAGCACACGGAUUGUUUCUGAUCAAAGAAUUUGAGGACUGGUGGAUCGACAAUCGCUGCCUUUAAAGUUGUAAACGCUUGUCUUUGCUCUUGAUCCCAAACCCAUUCGACAUUUUUCUCCAGCAACUGACGUAGUGGAGCUGUUAUCUGUGCCAUAUUUGGAAUGAACUUGGCAACAUACGUAACAAUGCCCAAAAAUCUCUUCAACUCUUCGCAAUUUGUAGGCUGCGGCAUCUCCUUAAUCACUUCAAUUUUCCGGGGGUCUGGUUUCAGUCCAUCUGAACUCAAAACAUGGCCAACAUAAUUUACUUCGGGGACACGAAAUCGACACUUCUCUGGAUUCAACUUAAGGUUUUUAUCUCGACAGCGUUCUAAGACCAAACGAAGUCGUUCGUCAUGUUUCGUCACGUCUUCUCCCCAGACCACCAAAUCGUCCACGAUAACUUCGACUCCUUCUAUAUCUGAAAGCAUAUUCGACAUAAUACUCUGAAAUACUUCCGGAGCAGAAGCUAUUCCAAACGGUAAUCGUUUAUAACUAUACCUUCCAAAUGGAGUAUUAAACGUGGCUAAGUUACUGCUUUCAUUGGCCAAUUUCACCUGCCAGAAACCAUGGUUGGCAUCAAGAACACUAAACACUUUGGCAUUGGGCAUUCUGCUGACAACUUCUUCAACGGUCUGCAUAGGAAAAUGCUCUCGCAUAACCACUUUAUUUAAAUCGCUAGGAUCCAUGCAGACUCGAAUUUUAUUAUUUGCUUUUCUGGCAAUGACUAAACUAUGUACCCAAGCGGUGGGUUCAUUCUUUUUCUCAAUAACCCCCAACUUCUCCAUUCGACGCAACUCUUCUUCUAGUGGCUUUCGGAGGGCCAUAGUAACUCUUCGAGGAGGAUGCACCACUGGAAUGGACACCGGAUCAAUCUUAAUCUGGUACUGAACAUCUUUAAUCUCUCCCAGACCUUCGAAAACGUCACUGAAUUCUGUUUCGAUCUUCGGUGGGUCCACUUCCAAGCUAUAAACUCGCUUUACCAACCCGAGUUCUAGACAGGAUUUUAAUCCUAAAAUCGAUGGUAGAUCUUGUUCAACUAGUACAAAGUCUAACACGGUAAAUUUGCCUUUAUACUCGCACUCUAAGCUGACUUUUCCUUUCGGAGUUAUCUUACGGCCAUCGAACAUCUUCAACUUGCUCUUAUUUUUGAAAAUUCUUGUAUUUGUUAGUGACAAUUGCUCAAACGACGAUUGCGAAAUCACAUUACAAUCUGCCCCCGUAUCUAAUUUGAAAUUCAAAUCCGUUUUUCCAAACUUAAGCUGGACAUGCCAGUCAUUCUUUGAGCUGCCCUCGUUAUUUGACUCUACUGAAAAUGUCAAUAAAUCAUCCUCGCUAACUUCGUCGUCUUCGAAUUCCCCCAAGACAUUCACUUCUCUCGGUCUAGAGUCACGUUGUCGUUGCUUCGCUCGACACACACGCUCAAAAUGUCCUGUCUUCUUACAAUAGUUGCAUGUUUUGCCGAAUGCCGGGCAAGAUCUUAAUGCGUGAACCAUACCACAGAAUCCACACUUUUCGGACUUUGUUUUUCACGGCGGCUACCUAUCUGCCCUUUUCCUUGAUUGGCGUCAUAUCGAAGAACAUUUACCGACUGAUUUGCUUCGCUCGACUGCGCCCUAGCAUUCAUGACUUUAAUCUGUUCCUUCGACGCUUCGGCUGCUCUAGCCAUACUUAUAGCUUUUUCCAGUGUAAGUUUCUCUUCUCUUAAUAAUCUUUCUUUCACAGUUAAGUUUUGUAUACUAAACACAAACUUGUCCCUUACCAUAUCGUCAACCGAUGUAUAUUCGCACGAUUUUACUUUGUUCUUUAAUCUUGUUACAAAUUGGUCAACCGUCUCUGAAUCUCUCUGCGUAAUUUUCCAGAACUGGUAUCUCUCGAAGACUACAUUUUUUCUGGGGUUACAAUACCUUUCAAACUGUUCGAUAACCUUAUCCAAUUUCUUAUCAUCGCCAGCAGAAAACUCGAAAGUAUUGAAACUUCUAUAGCAUCUUCGCCGGCAAAAUUUAACAAUAUGGCUAUUUUAAUCGGGUCGUCUUUGUCUUCGCUUCCCGACGCGACUAAAUAUAUCUGAAACUGCUGCUUAAAUCGUCUCCAAUUUUCUGAUGUAUUUCCGUCAAAACUUAAAGCACUCGGCUUGUGAAAGCUAUCCAUAGUAUCCCACUCCUGACACCAUGUAAAAUACGUUUAAUAUCCGUAUAUAUAUAUUCUACAGUCUUGUCAACAACAAGUCUUUUAUAUCAUACUAAAUGCUAAUUUACAUAAACUGUCAUGCUAUAUGUGACAAUUACAUUCAUGGCAAGUCUAACUUUUGAAUUUUAGGGGUUUUAUUUCAACAAUUUUUCAGGAACUUGGAAAUCUCUAUUUUAGUCUGUCAUGAAUGAUGUCAUUUCUAUAUUUAGAAAACAUAUUUGAAAAAUUUGUAGAUAUAUUUUUACUUAAGACAUAUAAAGCUAUUAUUGUGUGGAAGGAUUUAGUUUUAUCAUUAUUUUUGUUUGAUGUAGAGAGGUUUAAAAAUCAGUAAAAAUCCACUAUUGAGAAACAGCAAAAAUCAUAAUUUUAGCCCUCAACUUGACCCCCCUGGCACUUUGCCAAAAUGCAGUUAGACUGAAAACAAGAUGCAUUUUGAAGCAACCCUUAUAAAGGCAAUCUCAAGUACCAAGUUUGAGAGAAAUCUGCUGUAUUUCUUGAUCCAAAGAGGUCAUGAGGUUCUUACAGAGACUGCCUCUUAAAUUGCUAGUAUCGGCUAUUUACGAUACCUGCCGGUCAGCGGAAAACAUUUUACAUUACUGUAUGUAACCUGAAUAAAGCUAUAAGUAAACCAAAAGCCCGAAACAUAAUAAAUAUUUUCUAUACUGUAUAUGACUUGGCGCACCAAAUUUGGAACACUAAGAGCAUUAAGUCUUAUUUAACCAAGAAGUGAAAAUAAACAAGUCGUUUAAAAAAGGGUGCAAGUAUCGAACGAUACCACGUCAGUAAUCGAUACCGAUACCACUGUUUGUGGUAUCGCUGGUAUCGAAUACCGAGUAUUCGGUAUCAUCCAUUACUAUUGAUCUCGAUUGAUUAGAAAAUCAUGUCGGUUGAAAAUCAUACCUCGAUUGAUUAGGAUAUUACCUCGAUGGAGUAGAAUAUUAUAUCGAUUGAUUAGAAUACUACCUUGGUUGAUUAGAAUAUUACCUUGGUUGAUUAGAACAUAAUCCCUAUUGUUUAAAAGAUGAUUUCGUUGAGUUUUACUUUUGCUCGUUUACUGCAAUUAAUUCACAUUUUUGUUGUUAGGAUACCAAAGUUGUUCAAACCAAAGCAUUUGAUGGCGAUCGAGGGAUUGAUAAGCCUGUGGAAUAUGUCAUUCUUGGAGGUAGAGUGUUGUCAUUGCUACGUUCGUUUGUCAGAUAACCUGUCUGAUACUUAAGUAGUUUGUGUCUUACGUGCGAGUUUCUGUUUUCCUUGAAGGUGAUGACAACCACUAUUUCAAGAUAGACAACUCAAGAGGAACAAUUUAUGUCAACUCAACAAUUGACGGAGAUGUGGGCAUUGAUUAUUUUGAAUUGACUGUUCAGGUAAUACAGUAGCACAUGAUAUCUUUUAAUGUCGUGUGUGUCUUCAUUUUGUUGGCUAAUGUGAAUGUACCUUUCUCUUUUGUGACUGAGGUCCGAUUUCUGCUACAUUAUAAUUUCACCUCAGUGACAUGUGAGAAAAAUGGUCCCAGUUUGACUGUGCCGCGCAAACACCACAGGUUUUCUCGCCUGGUUAAUAUUGAGACAGUAAAGAUGAUCUUUACUGGCAGAGUCUUACUCAACUUCGAUCCCAGCAAGGCUCUGGAAUCGAGGUUGAGUCUUACUUUAUCCAGUAUAAAUAAAGUUGAUAGUUAGUUUAAGUUUUCUCCUGUAGUAACACUUGACCAUUCGGAAAUUUUUCUUACUGGGCAUCUAGGAAGAACAGUUUAGAAGUGAUUAAAGUGGAAAACAGCUUCAUAGGAGUUGAUAGCCUUUCUCUUUUUUAAUUUCUAUAUGUAGGCCACAGAGAUUCCGGGCAAUGCUUCAGGGACCACCACAGUAUUUAUCACAAUACGAGAUCUCAUUGAUAAUGGUACGAGUCGUUUUUACGUGUGUACUACAUGUAAGGAAAACUAUUAUUUUCUCACUCUGAUAACUGCAUGUUGACCACCAUCUGCUGGACGAUAGUUCUUAGUCAGAUCCACGCAAAAAUUGCACAUCUUGUACGUAGCAAUCUGCCAACAAGUUGCCAAGCUUGUCUCAAGUUGUCAACAAGUAUGGAACAACUUGGAACAACUUCUUAACAGUUGUAAUUUGAUAUUAUCAGACUUAUUGCAAGGUUGCUCCGACAAGUCCGGUGCAAUCAUGAUAUAACAAUAUUGUUACAACCUUGCAACAUUCUUGUAAUAUCAUGACUGUAUCAGAUUUGUUAGAACAACCUUGUGAUAAGUACAGUCUGAUAAUACCAUCAAGCUUGUUACAAGUUAUAAUAGUUUUGUCUGUGGAAACACCACGCAAAUUUAUAUAAAUUUAUUACUGCAGUAAUAAAUUUACGUGGUGUUUCCACAAACAAAACUAUUAUACGUUUAGUUAUCGCCAUGCAAACAUACAAAGAACUUAUUGUUACAAUUAGUUGUUAAUAUACACUGUAAUGGAAGUAAUGGUCGAUGUGGGGCUUGUAUUACGAACAAUACGCACAAACUGUGCCCUGGUUGCCAGACGUUCUCAUAUCUUUCGCAACAGUUUCGCAUUCCCGCUUGUAUUUAUUUUACGCGAGGCGAUGAGAACCUCUGGUGGCACGCAACAUAAAUCUCACUUCCAUGCUGAGUUACAUUUUGCCGAAAGACACUUUGCCGAAAGACAUUUUGCCGAAAGACAUUUUGCCGAACGGACAUUUUGCCGAAUGGACAUUUUGCCGAACGGACAGUUUGACGAACGGACAUUCUGCCGAAAAUAGAGAUAUCUUCUGAACUUUUUAAAAGGUUCGCUCACGGCACGAUCAAAGUUUCUGUGAUUAAAGUCAUUAUAAUUGUCGAUUUUGAUGACAGAAACGUUGGUAGUGAAGCAUAGUUUCGUUUUGUAUUCUUUCAAGUUUUUGACAAGUUUACCGAAAUUAAUUCGGGAUAUGUGUAGGUGAUAACAUGGUUUCGAGUGCAAUUUGGAUAUAACCGAUGCACGAGUGAGUUUUUCAAAGACCUCAAAAUAGCGCGAGUCCGAAGGACGAGUGCUAUUUGGGGUCUUUGAAAAACUCGCGAGUGCAUGUUUAUCCAAAUUUUACGAUAAACCAUGCUAUUACUUAUUAAUAAUUUACAUCAAAAUGUUCGAGACAAUUGUAGUUUUAACUUAAGCGUUUAUGGCGAACAUUCCACUGGCAAAGUUUUCUUGGCUUUGCUAUAUCACAUUAUACAACGCUAACAGGUUGAAAAUUCCACUCAACUAUGUAAUUUUUGUUAGUCCUGUUUAAGGUAAAUGCUUUUCCAUUUAUAAAUAAAGAUAAAAGCCAUAUUUUCCACGCAAAGGCAACUUAUACUUUAUGCAACGGGGCGACAUGUUUGUUUUGUUUUGAAGCAAUCUGUGGCCGUUAAUUACUUCUUUAAACUAAAUUGCUUUAAUUUAAACUGAUUGGUUGAUUUAAUCAUCACAAUGUUUUAACACCCAUCAGAUCAGUUUUUUACAGAUUUUUGCAUUGUGGUUACAGAAAAUUGCACUAUGAUUACAAAAUAUUGCACUAUGAUUACAAAAAUUGCACUGUGAUUACAGAAAAUUGCACUGUGAUUACAAAAAAUUGCACUGUGAUUACAGAAAAUUGCACUGUGAUUACAGAAAAUUACACUGCUGUUUGGGAUUAACUGCAUUGAAAUCAACCAAUCACAGUCGAGUAAUAUCUUUAUGCAUAUUAUUAAAAGAAUAACAUUAUUCAAUAUCAUUCAUGAAUGCGAUUUCCCCGAGAACUGUGAAUGUGUUCCAUGAUUCUCGAAGUGAAAUUCGCUUACGUCGUCUUUAUAUACGCUUGUUUGUUUACGAUGUUACGUCAAAACACGUUCCUAACAAAUGAGUUAUCUGCUGCACAAACAAGCUAUACCAAUACUUAAUACGGUUAUGCACUGCUAUCAACCAUUAGUAUAAACCUACUAGUGGGCUAUCACAUUUCGUGCCUUCUGAUUGGCUACGCUACUAGUAUGCUAUUAGUGAUAGCCUACUAAUAGAAAAUUCAAAAUGGCGGAAAAUUCGCGUUUUGCACUUUUGCCGAAGUGUCUGAUGAUUUUUUGGACGACUUGUUGAACAAUUCUGUACUAAAAACCCCCGAAAAAAGCAACAAAAAUAUGGAAUGGCAAUUUUUAAGGGUAAGAAAAUAUACAAAAUAACAUACACUCAGUGAAAUUUUUAAAUUAAAACUGAAUUUAAUUUUGUAAAACAUUUUACGCGAACAAAAACUAAAAUAUUUGUUUACCUUUUAUGGUUUUAUAAUGUUUUUUGUGUAUUUUUGAUUGUGUUUGCAGCCUAGUUGUAAAUUAAUGUUAAAGUUUAUACUAAAACAAUUAUACAACUCGGUCUCGUUGUCUAUGAGCAAAUAGUCAACUCGGCUUCGCCUCGUUGACUAUUCGCUCAUAGACAACUCGGCCUCGUUGUCUAAUUGUUAAUUAUUAUGCACUGCUAAUUAUUUUACUGCACAGUGGUUGAGAAUUACACAGUUGAGAAAUGAGUCACCGUUCCAAACAUUUUGACGAAAUAAUAUGUUUAUUUUCGCCAAAUUGUCCUUUCGGCAAACUGUCGGUUCGGCAAAAUGUCCGUUUGGCAAAAUGUCUUUCGGCAAAUUAAAGUGUCUUUCGGCAAAAUGUUCGGGUACCGAUAUACAAACUCGAGUCGAAGGCGAGAGUUUGUAUAUCAGAUACAGAUCGGAUUAGAAGUAAUUUUAAAAAUAAACAUUGUCUAAGCCGAGAAAGUCAAAGCUGAGAUUUAUGUUAUGUAAAUCAGGACAAAUCUUUAUCCGAUUUGCAAACAUUGAUUAAACAUUAAUUUCUUUUGUAUUUUCCUCGUGAAUUAUUAAUGAAUUUUUUAAACAAUCAUAUAAAGCAAGUGAGCAACACUUUAUAUUUUACAAAUAUCUAUAGAGUGAAAAUGUCAUGCCAUCAACUCAAGUCAUGCCGCGAUGGCAGCUCUUCUCCAGCGCAGAAAAUCUUUUUAAGUUCGUAGCGGAACAAACUAAGUUAAUUAGAUCCCAAAUAACCUUCAUGUGACUGCUAAUUAUCUUCGCCUCGCGUCAAAUAAAUACGAGCGGGAAAAUUAAUAAGGCGGAAGAUACGAGAAUAUCCGGCAACCAGGGUAAACAAACUGAUACAAGACUGAAAAAUAAAUAACCCCAAGUAAUAAUCUUUUUUAUAACCACCAGAUCCAGGUUUAUCCAAUCCAACGUCUUCAUCAAACCUUAACACUGGGGUCGUUAUUGGAGUUGUAGUGGCAGCACUGGUUGUUUUAAUAAUGGUAAUCUUGAUCGUUACUUGUUUUAUAUAUCCAAGAAAAACAAGAAAAGAGAACACGGGGGACACUGGUAACAAUCAAAAUGCUGCUUAUGAUGGUGACACCUAUACAGACAGAACACUGCCACAUAUACCUGAUUCUGAUAGUCAUUAUGAAGAACCAGAAAAAUAUGCACAGCUGGACAGUUCCAAACGAAUGCCCAUUGAUGCAAAUUAUCAAAGUUUAAAUAUGGAAGGUUCUGCACAACUGGAUAGUUCUAAGUGAGUUCCCAUUAAUGAUCAUGAUGCCAACUUAUCAAAGUUUCGAAACACACAGAUCAACCCGACAAUGUUCAGUGGUAUGGCUCCUUGAACAUUGGUAGCAAUUCAACAAACUAAGUACCUGACGAGUCACUGUACGAAGCAAUGCCUUAGUUUGUUUGUUUAAAGGGAAAUGGCAAUAUAAAUGUUUAUUUUCACAUUUGAAAGAACUUUUGAAACAAUAUAUUAACUUCUUUUAGCGAUUUUUCAUAUCUUGCUUAGUUCUUGAAAUAUUGUUACUUGAGGUAAUGAGAUGUCCGCCAUCUUGAAUGAAUUUUUUAUCUCAUUAACGAUGACACUGAAAAUUCGGUGUAGAUAAAAGCGGACGCAGACGGCGGAGCAUUUUAUAAACACAUGAUUACUACCGCAACCGUAAUAUCCUAAAUUUUUAGCAAUAACUUUUAUUAAUCAGCAUUCAAAAUGUAUGAAAGGACGCUAAACGCCGUUUUUCUUUCUCUAAUAUUGUAAAAAAGCGCCUUAGUUUUAGAGCUUCUGUUAUAGGCAAGGCUAUUAAUGUCAUUAAUUAACUUGCUGUCUGUUGCUGACAUUUUCAUAGUUUAAUUAAAUAGUGCUGACUUUUUAUAACGAAAACAAGACGCCUACUCAGGCGUUCACACUGACCUGAAAAUGAUGAUAUGCGUGCUAUGGUGCAAUCUCGUUCCCUGAGCCUGCGGUCGUUGGGAAGGAAACGAAGGCUCUGGGAGAAUCCGUUUCAGGGAGGAAUCUGAUUGGCCGUUGAUAUGGAAUGUGCAGUUCAAUCUUAGCCAGAAUUCCUGGCUUUCGGCAACGGAUUAUCCCAGAACCUUCGUUUCCUUCCCGAGGAUCGCAGGCUCGGGGAACGAGAUUGGCU